AUGUUGUUUAGGUACCUUGAUAGGAUCAUCGUGACGGAUUUGCAAGAGGACACGAGAAGCAUCUUUGUCGGAAACACAUGGUUUGCUGUAGAGGAGGGCGAUGGAAAGGUGGAACGAGUUCUUCCUGUGGCCACAGAUGAACAGCUGACAAGAUUCAAAACUCUUUUCUCCUCAAGAACGUCCCGGGACUUCCGUGAUGGGCAUCUGUGGUACUCUGUCAUUGGUAGACCGGUGCAUAGCACCUUCACACGGGUGGAGCGCAUCUCCUGCUGCCUGUCCCUGCUGCUCUGCACCAUGGUCGCCAACAUCAUGUUCUUCGGGAAGGGUGAAACCUACCACCGACCGCCUCCUCUUGAUAUCAUGGGAUUCCAGGUCCAGCUCUCGAUCUCAUGGGCAGAGGUCAUCAUUGGGAUAGAGAGUGCCCUGCUGGUGUUCCCCGUGAACCUGCUGAUCGUGCAGAUCUUCCGCCACUGUGCGCCCAGGUCUCCUCGGGAACAGCGGAGGGUUGGAUCAGGAGGUCGAGGUUCUAAGAAGGCAAGAGGCUGCUUGUUACCGUGGUGGUUCAUUGUCUUUGCCUGGUUCCUGGUCCUUGGCUCCUGUGCGGCCUCGGCGUUUUUCACCAUCCUGUACGGGUUCGAGUACGGGCCUGAUAAGGCAGAGGCGUGGCUUCUCACCUUCCUGACGUCAUUCUUCUUCGACAUCCUCAUCACACAACCCAUCAAAAUCAUCCUCAUCGGACUCUUCAUCGCACUCGUAGUAAAGACGCCUGACGCUGGACUCGACUACGUCCCCCCAACGCCCCUGCAAGAUGACGAGGAACAUCUCAACCCUUUUAUGCAGGUCGUUACAUUUUCAUCAUGUUCCUCGAAUUAAAAUCCUAACUAUGCCUUUUCUAUCACCAUCCUUUUCAUCUAU